AUGGAUGAUGUGGGAUAUAAUUCUGACACCAGCAUUGUGGUGUCCUCAACUAAUAUCUUUGAUCACAUUCCUGCACUCGCCCCACCAGUAAACAGUGACCUACAGGAUGAACUUGAUUGCUAUCUCAGCACUGAUGUUGAACAUGUUGACAAUGCACUUGCAUGGUGGAAUGAAUAUUAUCUCACAAUUCCAGCAACAUCUGUUGAUGUUGAAUGGCUGUUUAGCUGUGGUCACCUCCCACUCUCUCAUGUCUGUUCACAACUCUCUGCCCAGACAAUCUAUUGGAGCCAGCUUGGCCUUGUCAAGACAGAGGAUGUGCAAUCUAUUGCUGCUCUUGCUGAUGUUCAAGGUGAUGAGAUGCUUAUGGAGGAUGAGUGGGAUGCUAUUGUGUUGGAUUUCUAUGUGAGACCUGCAGCCCCAACCUUUGCCAUGGAUGAGAACAAGGGAAAAAAGCUGAAGAGUGGCUACAUUAAAUGUGGUCUGACACCAGAAGUUGUUGGUGCAUACCUUGCAGGGGAUUGA